AUGACUGUCGCCUUCGCGAGAAAAUACUCUACAUUUUCCAAUUGUAUCAAAAAAAGACUGAACUGGGUGCGCAACGCCACGGCGUCGUCGCUGGAGGGUCGAGCGGGUGCGGGCGAGGCGGAGUCGCCUGCGCCCGCGCCCGACGCGGAGGCGCCGACAAGACGCCGACGCCACCGCCCGCUAUAUCGCCGCCUCUUCCAAUAUGUCCGCACCGCAUGGACGGGCGUCAAGUUCGCCCUAGGUCUCACAACGCAGUCCGAAAAUUCCGAAUUUGAAGAACUCGGUGAGCAAUUACCACGGUAUCGCCCCGACUCUAUAGCAGCACUUCGAAGACAAACGAGGUUCACGGAACCAGAACUGAAGCGGCUGUAUCGAGGUUUCAAAGCCGAAUGUCCCACAGGGGUCGUUCGGGAAGACACUUUCAAACUCAUUUAUUCACAGUUCUUCCCCCAAGGAGCCAACACUGCGCAAUAUGCCCACUACGUUUUUAACACAUUGGAUCAAGACAGAAGCGGCUUACUGAGUUUUGAAGAAUUCGUAACUGGCUUAUCAGUUUUAUCGAGGGGGACAAUAGAAGAAAAAUUACGUUGGACGUUUUCAUUAUACGACAUAAAUGGGGAUGGAUACAUUACAAAAGAGGAGAUGACUGAAAUCGUCACAGCAAUAUAUGACCUUAUGGGAAAAAUCGUUGAACCUAUGAUAGACGAUGAUGCUAUUCGAGAAAAAGUUGAGAGAUUGUUUCAAAAAAUGGACUUGAACCGCGAUGGUGUCCUCACCCUAGAUGAAUUUCUUGAUUGCUGUCUGCGUGAUGAAGACAUUAUACGAUCAAUGGGCGUAUUUGAUAGCAACUUCUGACGCCCUGCAGCCAGGCGACCUCGCCGUCGCGCCUGUUAGACCUCAUGUUAAUUGUACCUAAAAAUCUAAGUUUAACAUUAUUUUUUUCAUGAAAAGAAAAAUUUAAAUAAUAAGAUCCCUUUAUUGAAAACAAUUAUAAGUAUUAAAAAUGUGUGUGUCUGUUGAAAUCGUUUUGAAAAUAAUCCGUGUUUAAAACUAGUUCUUCUGAAGGAAAUAGUUAAUAAAUGUUAUGAAAAUUACGUAGAAUAUUCUGUUUACGAAUUCGUAAUUUACGUAACUUCUGUUCAUAAAAACAUCUUUUAUCGAGAUAGAUGAGUAUGUGUACAUAUAUUGUGAUCAUAAUAGUUUAUAUUCUAUAAAUUUCAAAGAGUGUAAAAAAGUUCACUAUAAUGCAUGGGUGUGAUUAGAUACAGUUUUACGUAAUUAUUGCUGGUCAUAGGUAUCUAAUAAUGUGAAUCAUGAACUCUAAUUGCCUAUUUAGACCAUUAAUUCAUAAGCUGAUUACCUAUUAAUCUAACGAGAACCUUGGUUAUUAGACAUACCUAUAUAAUGUAUAGGUAAUUAAUACUAUAAAACAAUUCGAUGUUCUGGAUAGCUGACUCCAUUUGAAUUUAAUUAUUUAAUGACUGGUAAUUUCCAUAGCGUUUUCGAUACGAUAUUACAUUGCUGACAUUGCUAAUCGAAUGCCUAGUAGGCAAAUACACGUCGUAACAUUCCUAAAGAUGUUGAAAUUAAUCUAAUCGUUACUUAAUAGUGUAAAAACAAUAUUUUUGUAUAUCGAUACGUAGAUAUACCUACUUAUUUUAACAAUAAAUCUAUUAUCGUAAGAAAUAACUGUUCUCGUACUGUAGUCAAAUGAAAUUUAAUAAGCAUUUGACUUAUAUGUGUGUAUGAAAACAAUAAUCACGUCUUCAAAAUUUUCUAAUAGACAUUUAAAUAUUGGCGUAAAUUUCCGCGAUAUGUUAUAUAAGCAUAUAUAUAUAAUCAAUACGAUGUCUCACACACGCACAAUUUAUCAAAUUUUAGAGUAUUUUCUUGUGUUCUUGUUUCGUUUAAUUUUAGUUCCUGUGUUAAUUAAAUAUUCAUUAUUAAAAAGAAUACCUACAUGCUAAAAAAAUACAAUGUAAAGUUAUCAAAUGAUAUUAUGUUAUGUAUGGUACAAGUUUAUUUUUCCUGCUAAGAUUAAGAUUUAAGAACAUAGCUUAAUAGAUUAUUUAAAAAAAUGUAAUAGGUCAAUACAGUAAGCAAGCUUUUUUUUGCAUCCAUAAACGUAUUAUUUUUAUCUAUGGGAAUUUCUCUAAUAUUAGACUUUAUUCACAGACUGUUGUGAUGCCUUUUUGAAAUUCACUCUAAUUAAAUCUACCUUCUUUCUCCUACCAACUUCUUUUGAAUUAUUCCGGCCAUUUUUUAUAGAACUGUAGGAUUAAUAUUCAUUUAAGGAUAACCUUAAUAAACAUUGUAUUGUCAUAAGUUUAACCUUUGAAAUGCGUGACUGAAAUAAACUAAUAUUGUACUGUU